AUGGCCGCAAAAGAAUUUACUCCGGUAAACACGACGGAGAGGCUUGCCAAGUUACGCGCCUUGUUCGAGCAGGAUAAAUAUAAGCUUAACGCAUAUGUAAUUCCCUCAGAAGAUGCGCAUCAGAGUGAAUAUACGGCACCUUGUGAUCAACGUCGUGCUUUCAUUUCGGGAUUCACUGGAUCAGCUGGGUUAGCCAUAGUGAGCAAACAAAAAGCUCUCUUAUUUACCGAUGGACGAUACUUCCUUCAAGCAAGUUUGCAAUUAGACUCGAAUUGGACACUAAUGAAACAAGGGUUGCCGGAUGUGCCGACCUGGCAAGAAUAUUUAGUGCAGAAUUUUACCAAUGGAUCUAGAAUUGGAAUCGACCCUACUUUAAUAACUUUUCCUGAUGCUAGAAGUUUAUCCGAAUCUUUGGAAAAAGUAGGCUCAACAUUAGUGAGCACGGAUGAAAAUUUGGUUGAUAGUGUUUGGGGUAAGGACAAGCCUACUCCAGCUGCUAAUCCUGUGACCAUGCUGGCAUUAAGAUACUCAGGUCGUUCGCAUGCUGAUAAAAUUGCUAGCCUUCGAGUAGAAUUAGCAAAAUUGAAGGUGUAUGGUUUUGUCAUUACAGCGUUGGAUGAAAUUGCUUGGUUUUUCAAUCUUCGUGGCUCCGAUGUUCCAUAUAAUCCCGUGUUUCACGCAUACUCACUUGUGACCAAAAAUGAUAUUACUCUAUACACCAAUGAAAGCAGAAUAACUAAUGAAGCGAAGUUUCAUCUUGGCACAGAUGUUAAGCUUAGUCCAUAUUCUGCUAUUUUCGAAGACUUAAGAAAUUUAAAAACAAAAUUAAAAGAAGAAAAGCAGGCAAGAUAA